UGUUUUGCAAAAAAAAAAUAGCUAUUGAAAGAAUGUUUUAAACAAAUAAAAAGUAACAAACUAUUUGAAUAUUUAUAAAUAUUAAAAACUAAAGAACAAAAUGUAUUUUACAACAAAAACCUAUAAAAUUAUAACAGUUUCUAUAAAUGCAAUUUGUGGGAUUCUUGGAAUAUUGCUGACUUGGUAUGGAAUAUGGCUGUACCAAAGUAUUGAGAAUUCUAAAUUUGAUCAUGGCGAGGAGUUGGGUGGAAUAUUAAUCAUCACAUUGGGAGUGGUUGUUUUCUGUGUAUGCAUCUAUGGCAUUGUGGCCGCUAUUAUGGAACGCAAGAAAAUGUUGAUUUAUUUUGCAGUCCUAUUGGUCGUUUUAAUAGUCAUACAAUUCGUAAUGGUCAGCAUCACUCAUGCCACCACCAACAGUACAGUAUCGGAAAAACUAAAAGAAGGAUUUGAUGAAUUAUGGGAUACAAAAUAUCAAAAACCAAAUGCAACACUUUCAAUAUAUGAGGAGUGGUUGAAAUGCUGUGGUAAAAAUAGUGCAGAGGAUUAUUUUUUAUUGGAUAAAGUGCCUCCAUCCAGCUGCUGUGAAGAUCACAACUGUGCAAUUAUUCACAAUUUGUAUACUGUUGGCUGUGAGGAAAAAUAUCAAAAUUAUAUUAAUGCAAAAACAAACUAUUUCAAUAUUCUCAGCUGGUUGAUCAUUACGGUGGAGUUUGUUGGUUCGAUAUUUGCCUGCGUUUUAGUUGACAGCAUACGAAAUCAUAGAGAUCGCCAACGAUUUUAUAGUUGAAUUAAAUUUAAUGAACAACAAAAACUAAUCUUCUUAAUGAAUGAAUGAUUUUUAGUAUAAUUUAAAGGAGUUUUGUAAAUAUUAAAAAUAUUAUACUACGUGUCAUUCUAGCUAUAUAUUAUUUAUUUAUUGUUUAAAAUGUAAAACUUAAUUUUAGAAUAAAUUUAAAUACUUUUCAAUGUAUGGAUGUAUAUUCGAUGUUAGUGUCUUAAAAUGGUAGUAAUAAAUAAAACCCGUUUGGCAAUGUU